CCAAAAAUGGCGACCAUGAAGCCGGCCCCCGCCUGGCCCUCGCACGACGCGCUGCACGACGACGACUUUGCCUACGGCGCUUCCGUUGCGUCCUGCGACGCCGCCGUCCAGCGCGGCUUCCUGCGCAAGGUGUUUGGCCUCGUCGCGGCGCAGCUCGCACUCACCGCCGCGCUCUCGGCCGCGUUCAUGUUUUACGCGCCACUGCGCAGCUUCGCGAUUCACAACCACUGGAUGAUGAUGGUCUCUUUUGUCGCUUCGCUCGGCCUGCUCGUCGCUUGCCAAGUCUACGCGCACUCACACCCCACGAACCUGUACCUCCUCUUCGGCUUUACGCUUGCAAUGGCCUGGAGUGUCGCGACGACGUGCGGGGCAUUUGCGGCGGCUGGACUCGGGCUGAUUGUGCUCGAGGCGCUCGCCCUCACCGCCAGCGUGACUGCCGGCCUCACGGUCUACACCCUCCGCUCCAAGACCGACUUCUCCUACCUCGGCGCCGGCCUCGGCGCGGCGCUGUGGGUGCUGCUCCUAGGAGGGCUGCUUGCGAUGUUUGUGCCGGGAAUGCACCUCGCGCUGGCAAUGGGGGGCGCGGUCUUGUUCUCCGCCUACAUUGUCUACGACGUGCACAUGAUCGCCAACCGGCUCUCUCCAGACGAGUACAUCCACGCGUCCAUCUCGCUCUACCUGGACAUAGUGAACCUCUUCCUGCACCUGCUGCGCAUCCUCUCCGAGCUGCAGCGCGACUAGGUGGCACUGUGCCUGUGGGACCGCAUCUCGGGUGCCAGAGGAGGGCAGGCGCCGGCGUCCCGCGCGCGCGUUAGACUCCCGCAUCCGCAACCCCGGUUCACGUUUGAGACCCUGGCCUUGGGCCCAGCUUGGGCCCCCGGCGACAGUGGACGGCAGGUGGACGGCUUGAAUUCGAUCUCGUGGUAUAGAU